GUCAGUUAUCCUGCCAGCGGCAAGAAAGCAGCACCGUCCAGGAGGAGUGUGGUGUCUUUUUUUUCCUGUGGAGAAUUAAAGGGAUUUGUGUGUUUUUUCCUGUCGUAUUCAGAGUCGGGAGUCCUGGGUUUACGACGGGGAGGAAUGCAAUUUUGAAGCGGCGCAUCACAGUUCAGUAUGAAACGUUUGUAAACGCACUUUAAUAUCGACCAAGCUCUCAGAAAGCAGAUGGAGGAACCAGAAGGUACAGAUGAAUGUUACUGUGCGGGUUGUGGAGGAAAAAUUCAGGACUCGUUUCACAUGAAAGUCCUCCAGGACACCUGGCACAACGCCUGCUUUCAGUGUUCUGUGUGCUGCGACCACCUGACUAACUGGUACUAUGAGAAGGACGGGAAGCUGUAUUGUCGCAUGCACUACUGGGAGAAGUUUGGAGAGCUUUGUCAUGGUUGCUCUCUGCUCAUGACUGGACCUACAAUGGUGGCCGGAGAACACAAGUAUCACCCUGAGUGCUUUCUGUGUCUGAGCUGCAAGGUGGUGAUUGAGGACAGGGAUACCUACGCCUUAGUCGAGCGAUCGAAACUCUACUGUGGAAAGUGCUACACGCAGGUGGUCCUUACACCCAUGCUGGAAAAGCGCUCACACGAAUCGGUCCUAGACUCCCUGCCCCACACAGUGACCCUCAUCUCGAUGCCCUCUGCAGCCAAUGGCAAGAGGGGCCUCUCCGUCUCGGUGUUGAGGGACGUCAAGGGCUUGGCGAGUGUUCAAGUCAAAGAAGUCAGAGGCAUGCUUAUUAGUCCAGAGGUACGAAAUGCCAUCCACGUUGGGGACAGGAUCCUGGAGAUCAAUGGCCUCCCUGUCGGGACAUUGCUGGAGGAGGAGGUGGACGAUCUUAUUCACCGCACGAGUCACACACUGCAGCUGCUAAUAGAGUAUGACCCAGUCAGACAGCGUUUAGACCGGCUCAGGCUGGGAUCACCAGGAACCCAGCUCGGAGUCCCAGCCACCUCCCGCAUGCGUCUGUCCUCGCCUUCUGAUGCGGUCCUGGAGAGAACCAACGUGGUUGAUGACGGCACACUGAAAAGGAGGUCUUUAAGGCGCAGUAACAGCACAUGUAAGUCACCCGGGCCAAAUUCUCCUAAAGAGCCAGCUUUUAUUAUACGAGACAUUUUGCGCUCUGAAUCCUUGAGAUCCUCCAGUAGCUGCUCUCAUCGCAUCUUCCGGCCAUGUGACCUCAUCCAUGGAGAGAUCUUAGGAAAAGGUUUCUUCGGACAGGCUAUCAAGGUGACUCAUAAAGCCACAGGAGAGGUGAUGGUGAUGAAGGAGCUGAUCCGAUGUGAUGAGGAGACCCAGAAAACUUUCCUGAAGGAGGUCAAAGUAAUGCGAAGCCUUGAUCAUCCCCAUGUUUUGAGAUUCAUUGGUGUACUAUACAAGGACAAGAGGCUCAAUUUGAUAACUGAGUUUAUCGAGGGAGGCACCCUGAAAGAUUUCAUCAGAGACAUGGACCCGUUUCCAUGGGAGCAAAGGGUCAGCUUUGCAAAGAGCAUCGCUUCUGGCAUGGCCUAUCUUCACACAAUGAGCAUCAUACACAGAGACCUCAAUUCUCACAACUGCCUGGUUAAACUGGACAACACUGUGGUCGUUGCUGACUUUGGAUUGUCCCGACUUAUAGUAGAGGACAAAGUUAAGCCUCCACCUGAAAAACCUUCCAACAAGAAGAGGGUGUUCAGACGUAUUGACCGAAAGAAGCGGUACACUGUCGUGGGAAACCCUUACUGGAUGGCUCCAGAGAUGCUAAAUGGUAAACGCUAUGAUGAGAAGGUGGACAUUUUCUCCUUUGGAAUUGUGCUUUGUGAGAUCAUUGGAAAAGUCUAUGCGGACCCGGAGUGCCUCCCCAGGAAUCAGAACUUUGGUCUUAAUGUUGGGAAGUUUGUGGAGAAGUUCCUCCCUGAAGACUGUCCACCAGCUUUCUUUCCACUGGCUGUGGCCUGCUGUGACCUCACACCAGACAACCGUCCACCUUUUCAGAAGCUGGAGGACUGGUUUGAAGCUUUGUCCCUCAACCAGGAGCUGGGGAUCCCCCUGCCAGCCGAACUGGAUGAACUGCAUCAGAGUCUGAGUCAACUCCACUGGCCGAAAGACGGCUCCCCAGUCCAGAGCACAGAUCAGCCAUCAUCACCUACAGCGGCCUCUUCUGACUGUUCCAGCAUGACUGACAAUGGCAUCUAGGAACCAUGCCUCUCUGUUUUGACCCCUCCACUAAUACUGUGGAUGUGGGGGGAAAAAGAACAUUGCAUUGAACCCGAGCCAUAUUAGAACUGGAUAACCUGAGGUAGCUGGACCAAUCUCCCCAUGUGGGACCUUAACUCUUGAGAAUGCCAGUGACCUGCAAUGUGAGCGGGAAGACACAUUUCAAAAAGAAAUCCUUUUAAACCCUACACGGCCCCCAUUAAACACGUGCAAGGUUUUACUAAUGUUUGCUGUGUAUAAAGGCAAUAUGCAAUUUUGUUUGGGCCUUUCCCUAACAAAAGACGAACGUCUUUAUAAGGUGGAAGUCCUCGAUGAGUUCCCACGUGGCGGCACUUUUGUUUUUCUGGUUCUGAAGUUGUUUGUUAUGUGUGGAAUUCACAGACCAGUCCCUGCCCAAAAGUGGACUCACUUCACUGCAGCGGCAAAGAAAACAAAUAUGUUUGACAGUCUGGCUGAUUGACAUGUCCAAGUAAACAGAGGACAGGGCUUGAAGAAAACAAGUGCGCCUUUAGGCAGCAGUGGAAGCAAAACACACCGACUGCAAAUAGUUUCAUUACACUGAGAUUUCGCACAAAAUGGCGAUGAAAUGUGUUUUUUUUCGCAUCCAAGCACCACUCAUCCAAUUUAGAUGAAAUAGUUACAGGUAUAGUUCUGUACACUUUUUGUGUAAUGAUUUGUUUUUUUUAAAACAGGGCCGAAGCUCCUUUGGACAGUAGGGCUGUUAUUAAUAAUUGUCAGACAUAGUAUCAUACAAGAGUUGACCAUAAAAAGUUGCUUUGUACAGAAUAACUGGAUUUUUUUCUGGUGUAUAUAAACGUGUACAUAUUAUUCCUCUAAUUGGAUUUAAUUUUCUAAUGGGAACUCCUAGAUUUGUAGAUUUUCAGACAUUUUGUCAACGAUGGAAGUUUUUGCCUUUUUGCUAUCAUCAUGUAAGGUACUGACGACCAGUUGUAACCACUAUUAUUUAUAUCAUUGUAGUGUUUCUUAAAUAAACCCUCUAAAAGUUG